GUUUUCCACUAUCAUUACUCUGGCAGCCUCACCCAGCUCUGGUACAACAUAGCAAACAGAACAGGCUAUGAAAUAAGAUGGCAAGGAAGAAAUUUAGUGGAUUAGAAAUCUCCCUGAUGGUCCUCUUUUCUAUAGUUACUAUAAUAGCUAUUGCCCUAGUUGCUGUUUUAGCGACUAGGACACCUGCUGUUGAUGAAAGUAAUGAUUCUACUACAACUCCAACUACUACUCGUACAACCACUGUGUAUCCUAGUUCAGGAAAAUGUCCGAGUGAGCUCAAUGAUCCUAUCAAUGAGAGAAUAAACUGCAUUCCAGAACAAUUUCCAACACAGGCCAUCUGUGCAAUGCGAGGUUGCUGCUGGAGGCCAUGGAAUAACUCUGGUAUUCCUUGGUGCUUCUUUGUAGAUAACCAUGGCUAUAAUGCUGAGAAAAUUACAGUAACAAAUACUGGACUUGAAGCCAAACUAAACAGGAUACCUUCACCUACCCUCUUUGGAAAUGACAUUAACACUGUUCUCUUCACAACACAAAGUCAGACACCCAAUCGUUUGCGGUUCAAGAUUACUGAUCCCAAUAAUAGAAGAUAUGAAGUUCCUCAUCAGUUUGUAAAAGAAUUUAAUGGUCCCACAGCUUCUGAUACACUGUAUGAUGUGCAAGUUACAGAAAAUCCAUUUAGCCUCAAAGUUAUUAGAAAAAGCAAUAAGAGAACUUUGUUUGACACCAGUAUCGGUCCCCUGGUGUACUCUGAUCAGUAUUUACAGAUCUCAACCAGACUUUCCAAUGAGUAUAUUUAUGGUCUUGGGGAACAUAUUCAUAAGAGAUUUCGUCAUGAUUUAUAUUGGAAAACAUGGCCAAUUUUUACCCGGGAUCAACUUCCUGGUGAUAAUAAUAAUAAUUUAUAUGGCCAUCAAACAUUUUUCAUGUGCAUUGAAGAUACUUCUGGAAAGUCAUUUGGUGUUUUCUUAAUGAACAGCAAUGCAAUGGAAAUUUUCAUCCAGCCUACUCCAAUAGUAACUUACAGAAUUACUGGUGGCAUUCUGGACUUUUACAUCUUUUUAGGAGAUACACCAGAACAAGUAGUUCAACAGUAUCAAGAGCUCAUUGGACGACCAGCAAUGCCAGCAUACUGGAGUCUUGGAUUCCAACUGAGUCGCUGGAAUUACAAGACACUUGAUGUAGUGAAAGAAGUGGUAAAAAGAAAUCGCGAUGCUGGCAUACCAUUUGAUACACAGGUCACUGAUAUUGACUAUAUGGAAGACAAGAAAGACUUUACUUAUGAUAAUGUUGCCUUUAAAGGGCUCCCUGAAUUUGUUGAAGAUUUGCAUGAUCAUGGACAGAAAUAUGUCAUCAUCCUGGACCCUGGAAUUGCCAUAAGUAAUCGUGCCAAUGGAGCAACAUAUGAAACCUAUACCAGGGGAAAUGCACAACAUGUAUGGGUAAAUGAGUCAGAUGGAACUACAGCUCUUAUUGGAGAGGUAUGGCCAGGAUUGACAGUAUACCCAGAUUUCACUAAUCCAAAUUGCAUUGAUUGGUGGGCAAAUGAAUGCAGCAUUUUCCAUAGAGAAGUGAAAUACGAUGGACUUUGGAUUGACAUGAAUGAAGUUUCUAGCUUUAUUCAAGGUUCAAAGAAAGGAUGCAGUGACAACAAACUGAAUUAUCCACCUUUCACUCCUGAUAUUCUUGACAAGCUCAUGUAUUCUAAAACAAUUUGCAUGGAUUCUGUUCAACACUGGGGGAAACAGUAUGAUGUUCACAGCCUCUAUGGAUACAGCAUGGCUAUAGCCACAGAAGAAGCUAUACAAAAAGUUUUCCCGAAUAAGAGAAGCUUUAUUCUCACCCGAUCAACUUUUGCUGGAUCUGGGAGGCAUGCUGCCCAUUGGUUGGGAGACAAUACUGCUUCCUGGGAGCAAAUGGAAUGGUCUAUAACAGGGAUGCUGGAGUUCGGUUUGUUCGGAAUGCCUUUGGUUGGAGCAGAUAUCUGUGGAUUUGUGGCUGAAACCACAGAAGAGCUUUGCAGAAGAUGGAUGCAACUUGGGGCAUUCUAUCCAUUUUCCAGAAACCAUAAUGCAGAUGGAUACGAGCAUCAAGAUCCAGCAUUUUUUGGACAGAAUUCUCUUUUGGUUAAUUCAUCAAAGCACUAUUUGAAUAUUCGCUAUUCUUUAUUACCUUUCCUCUAUACUCUGUUUUAUAAAGCCCACGUGUUUGGAGAAACAGUAGCAAGGCCAUUUCUUCAUGAGUUUUAUCAGGAUACGAAUAGCUGGAUUGAGGACACUCAGUUCUUAUGGGGCCCCUCAUUACUUAUUACUCCUGUCUUGAAACAGGGAGCAACUACAGUGAGUGCAUACAUUCCUGAUGCUACUUGGUAUGAUUUUGAAACUGGUGAAAAAAGGCCAUGGAGAAAACAACGUGUUAAUAUGCAUCUUCCAGGAGACAAAAUAGGAUUACAUCUCAGAGGAGGUUAUAUUAUCCCCAUUCAACAACCUGCUGUGACUACAACUGCAAGUCGAAAGAACCCUCUAGGACUUAUAGUUGCAUUAGCUGAAGAUAACACAGCAAAAGGAGACUUCUUCUGGGAUGAUGGAGAAACUAAAGAUACCAUACAAAAUGGCAACUACAUUUUACAUACAUUUUCAGUUUCUAAUAACAAAUUAGAUAUCAUAUGUACACAUUCAGCAUACCAGGAAGGAGUCACUUUAGCAUUUGAGACUAUAAAAGUCCUUGGGAUCGCAGACACUGUUACGGAAGUUACAGUGAUGGGAGAUAAUCAACCAAUUCAAGCUCAUCCCAAUUUCACUUACGCCCCUUCCAACCAGAGUCUCCUAAUUUACAAUCUCAAGUUUAACCUGGGAAAAAACUUUACCAUUCAAUGGAAACAAAGUUUCUCAGAAAACGAAAGGUUUAAUUGUUACCCAGGUGCAGAUUCUGUAACUAAGGAAAACUGUGAAGAACGUGGCUGUAAAUGGGACAAGAUUCCUGGAUCCAAAGCACCUGAGUGUUACUUUCCUAGGCAUGACAACUCUUAUUUAGUCCAGUCAACUCAGUAUUCACCAAGUGGUGUAACAGCUGACCUCCAGCUGAAUACUGCAAACCUCCGAAUAAAACGACCUUCUACACCUAUCUCAACUCUUCGUGUGGAGGUGAAAUAUCAUAAAAAUGACAUGCUACAGUUUAAGAUUUAUGAUCCCCAUAAUAAGAGAUAUGAAGUUCCAGUACCAUUAAACAUCCCAACUACGCCAACAAGUUCUUAUGAAAGUAGACUUUAUGAUGUUGAAAUCAAGGAAAAUCCUUUUGGCAUCCGGAUUCGACGGAGAAGCACAGGAAGAGUAAUUUGGGAUUCCCACCUACCUGGAUUUACUUUUAAUGACCAGUUCAUUCAAAUAUCUACUCGCCUGCCAUCAGAAUAUAUAUAUGGUUUUGGGGAAGUUGAGCACACAGCAUUUAAGAGAGACUUAAACUGGCAUACUUGGGGAAUGUUCACAAGAGACCAACCCCCUGGUUAUAAACUUAAUUCCUAUGGAUUUCAUCCCUAUUACAUGGCUCUGGAAGAUGAGAGCCAUGCUCAUGGAGUUCUCUUACUUAACAGCAAUGCAAUGGAUGUUACGUUUCAGCCAACUCCUGCUCUAACUUACCGCAUAAUUGGAGGAAUCUUGGACUUUUAUAUGUUUCUGGGCCCAACUCCAGAAGGUGCAACACAGCAAUACCAUGAAGUAAUUGGCCGACCAGUCAUGCCACCUUAUUGGGCUUUGGGAUUCCAAUUAUGCCGUUAUGGGUACAGAAAUACUUCAGAAGUUCAGCAAGUAUAUGAUGAUAUGGUGACUGCUAAGAUCCCCUAUGAUGUUCAAUACACAGACAUUGAUUACAUGGAAAGGCAACUAGACUUUACAAUUGGGGAAAGAUUCCAUGACCUUCCUCAGUUUGUUGACAAAAUAAGAGGUGAAGGAAUGAGAUACAUUAUUAUCCUGGAUCCAGCAAUUUCAGGAAAUGAAACGAAGCCUUACCCUACAUUUACAAGAGGACAGGAGAAAGAUGUCUUUGUCAAAUGGCCUAACACCAGUGAUAUUUGUUGGGCAAAGGUUUGGCCAGAUUUACCUAAUAUAACAAUAAAUGAAAGUCUGUCUGAAGAUGAAGCUGUUAAUGCUUCCAGAGCUCAUGUAGCUUUUCCAGAUUUCUUCAGGAAUUCCACAGCAGAGUGGUGGGAAAGGGAAAUUAUAGAUUUCUACAAUAACCAGAUGAAGUUUGAUGGCUUGUGGAUUGAUAUGAAUGAACCAUCAAGUUUUGUACAUGGAACAACUACUAACCAAUGCAGAAAUAAAGAGCUAAAUUAUCCACCUUAUUUCCCAGAACUCACAAAAAGAUUUGAAGGAUUACAUUCCCGAACUAUGUGUAUGGAAACCGAGCAGAUUCUAAGUGAUGGAUCAUCAGUUUUGCAUUACAACGUUCACAAUCUAUAUGGAUGGUCACAAAUGAAACCUACUUAUGAUGCAUUGCAGAAGGCAACUGGCAAAAGAGGAAUUGUUAUUUCUCGUUCCACAUAUCCUACUGGCGGUCAGUGGGGGGGACAUUGGCUUGGAGACAACUACGCACAAUGGGACAAUUUGGAAAAAUCGAUUAUCGGUAUGAUGGAAUUUAGUCUCUUUGGAAUAUCAUAUACUGGAGCAGAUAUCUGUGGUUUCUUCAACAACUCAGAAUAUCAGCUAUGUGCCCGUUGGAUGCAACUUGGAGCAUUUUAUCCAUACUCAAGAAAUCACAACGUUGCACAUACUAGGAGACAAGAUCCUGUUUCCUGGAAUCAAACUUUUUCUGAAAUAUCAAGGAAUGUUCUUAAUAUUAGAUAUACUUUAUUGCCCUACUUCUAUACACAGAUGCAUGAAAUUCAUGCUCAUGGUGGCACUGUUAUUCGACCUCUUUUGCAUGAGUUCUAUAAUGAGAAGCCAACCUGGAAUAUAUUCAAACAGUUCUUGUGGGGCCCGGCAUUUUUGGUUACUCCUGUAUUGGAACCUGAUACUAACGUUGUAGAAGGCUACGUCCCUAAUACUCGGUGGUUUGAUUACCAUACGGGCCAAGAUAUUGGUGUGAGAGGAAAGUUUAAUAAAUUUGAAGCUCCUUUAUAUAAAAUAAACCUACAUGUCCGUGGUGGUUACAUCCUACCAUGUCAAGAGCCUGCUCAAAACACAUUUCAUAGUCGAAAAAAUUACAUGAAGCUCAUUGUUGCUGCAGAUGACAAACAGAUGGCACAAGGAUCUCUGUUCUGGGAUGAUGGAGAAACUAUAGACACCUAUGAGAAAGACCUAUAUUUCUUGGUACAAUUUAAUUUAAACAAGACCACUUUGACAAGCACUAUAUUGAAAUAUACUUCCCUAAACACAAAUGAAAUGAGGCUUGGAUUCAUCCAUAUAUGGGGAAUAGGAACGACUUCUGUUAAUAAGGUUAAUCUCAUAUACGAUGGAAAGGAAGAAUCACUUAAAUUUACUUCAGAACCAGACAAGAAGAUUUUAAAUAUCGAUCUGACAGUGAAAAAUGUUACUCUAGACAAACCAAUAGAGAUCAACUGGUCAUGAAGAUUACCAUCAAUUCCUGUUGCCAAAAGGAGAUUAACAUCCGGAUUUAAGUUUCACUAUACUUAUAAUGUUUUCUCUACAUUGGUUUCAUAAUUGUAUAAAAUAUGAUUUUCAUGACAUCUAUCUAAAGUUAUUGCAUAGUGUACAUCAAAAUUAAUGCUAAUUUUAUUAUAUUAUUGUGGUCUGGAUUCAUUUUCUUAAACAUAUGUAGUAGGAUUAAAUAGUUCUAAUUACCCUUGUUAAGUAUCAGAUAAAACUGUAA